UUAUCUCGCCUGACUUGCAUAUUAGAGGUAUGCCCAAUCUAUGGUGCACAAUCAUGCGCGGUAUGUAGCACAGCAGCAGCUUGUACUUUGUUAUCCUGAAUGGACAUCAAUCUAUCAGAUGCAUGUACACACAAAAAAUGGCGUCCUGUUCUGAACCUGAAAUUACAACCAGCGCCUCGUAAGGACCAUCCCAAAGUAAGCGGCUAUUUUGUCCGGAAGCAGUAUGCUUGAUGGACAGAGUGCUGUGUCUUCUCGUCAUUCGCUGUUGCCUAAUGUAUCUACAUUGGGGUAUCCCCAAAGCAGACAAAGCAGACAAAAAGAUAAAAGGAGUAGUGGUGGUGGAGAAAAGCAGAGUGGGAGCAAUGGAGCAGAGUGAGGAUACCGCGCUGUGGAGACCGAAUGACCCAAUUUUUCUGAAUGUACACCACUGGUCUGUCCUCACUGGCUUUUUAUUUUAUUUUCCAGCUGAUCUCUUUCUCCGCGCCAACACGUCCACACAGACUGGCCAUCAGCACUGCACCCAGACUCAGGAGUAGUUGCAGAGCCAUAGGAUACCCUACCAGAGUCAGUCAGGACCAAGAGGAACGACAUCAG